GGCUGUUGCUCCCUGCAGUCAGAGUCCAAACGGAGAGCUCCAAGCACGACUCCUGGAUGAGACAUGUCUGAACGCCAAGUCCCCUUCACUUUCCUCCGCAGCCCCAGCUGGGACCCCUUCCGGGACUGGUAUCGGGGCAGCCGCCUCUUUGACCAGUCCUUUGGGAUGCCCCUCAUCCCCGAAGACUGGUACAAAUGGCCUGUGGGGACCACCAGUUGGCCAGGCUACGUCCGUCCUCUGGCCAGUGUGAGCCCCGAACAGGGAGCUGCCGGCCCCAUAGUCACCUCGCCAAGCACCAACCCGGCAUACAACCGGGCCCUGAGCCGCCAACUGAGCAGCGGCAUCUCCGAGAUUCGGCAAACUUCAGACAGCUGGAAAGUGGCUUUGGACGUCAACCAUUUUGCACCAGAGGAACUGGUGGUGAAGACCAAGGAUGGGGUGGUGGAGAUAACUGGUAAGCAUGAAGAAAGACAAGAUGAGCAUGGGUUCAUUUCCAGAUGUUUCACCAGAAAAUACACACUUCCCCCCGGCAUCGAGCCUGCUGCAGUCCGCUCAACGCUUUCCCCAGAUGGCACGCUGACCGUGGAAGCCCCGUUGCCCAAACCAGCCAUCCAGUCUGCUGAGAUCAAGAUCCCCGUCACCUUUGAGGCCCAUGCCCAGAUCACUCCGUCGGAAGCCAGGAAGCCUGAGGAUGCAACCAAGAAAUGACCGGCCUCCGGAGAUCUGCAAUUCAUCUCCAGGGGGGGAAAGGGCAUUUCAGAUCAGGCCUGUAGCUACAGGGGGCAUCUCGGGGCCUGGCCCCCUGACUCACUGCCACGGCCCUCUGA